AUGCAGUGCAAUAAAAGUAAACAAAGCAGUGAAGUCAGCUCGACCAAGACUCGAGUCGAGUCAGAACAAAGUACCAGCUCGAUCGAGUUUAGGGACGAGUUGAGACAAACAAAGCUAAAGCUCGAUCGAGUUGAAGCUUGGCCGGUCGAGUUGAGGAACUCGACCGGUUGGUCGAGUAGACGGUCGAGCUGGUCUUCAAGAUGGCUUCUCCCUUCUUCCUUUGCGUAUCCAGUUGAGCUGCUUCCAUGUGCCAAGUCCCUCCAUGCUCCUUAUGUCCCAUAUGCUCCAGAAUGCUCCAAAAGACCUAUUUCAAAGGACCAAACAUGCAUAUAUAGGGGAUAUGUGACACUUCUCACAGCUUUUGGUGAAGCAGAGGCACCUCUCAUCCUGGGGGAGGCUGUAGCGUUGAAAACUCUCCGUUUAUGGGAGGAGCUGCCUUGUAAGGUACUAGAAGCUUUUGUAGCCGUUUUGCGUCCAGCCGGUAGGAAACUGGCUCCUAAUCUCUGGGAAGCCGGAACUCUGUCCUACGAUCGACCUUCUGGAUUAGGUAGAGUUCUGGUUAAAGAAGCGGCUGCCGCUUGGGUAGCUAAGGACGCCCUGACCAUUUGA